CUGGGAGAAGCACCUGUCUGUGUCGAUGGCAGGGAUGAAGGGAAGCAUUUUUCUACUAUGUGUCUCGGUCCUUCUUGCAUGUGCUCAAGCCAAUGUCAGUCCUGACGUAACAUUAACUCCCAUCUCGUUAAGGGAAGACCUGGCUAUAAAUGCUUUUGCAUUUCAAAUACAAGCUACAGAUGCAGAUGGAGAUGCCUUAACAUACCAAAUUCAAGGAGUAAAUGCAAUCUACUUCAAUUGCGACCUAAACUCUGGGGCCGUAACAAUUCGGACCUCUCUGGACAGAGAAAAUGAACCAACGUUCUCUAUCACAGUUGUUGUUUCAGAUGGAUUAUACAACGAGCCAAAGACCCUCUUUAUUAUUUUACUAGAUGCCAAUGACAACAGGCCCAUAUUUCAAGAUGCACCAUACAAUACAGAAAUCAGAGAGGACACUGAAGUAGGCAUGGUGCUGUUUAAAGUGACUGCCACUGACUCCGACUCAGGUUCAUCUUCCAUUGUGUCAUACAAUAUUGAUGAAGUUGUCCCGAUUGGAUCCAACCCAUUUCAGAUUGCAAGCAAGACUGGAGAAGUCAAACUGGUUUCAAAAUUGAAUUACAACAGUCUAAGUACCUUCUACCAGUUAAAGAUAAAUGCCUCUGAUGGUGGAGGAAUGCUGAAUGGUGAACAUGUUGUCCAGUCCAGCUUGGCCUUUGCCUUCAUCACCGUGGUGGACGUUCCAGACCUCGACCCCCAGUUUCUGAGCCUUCCUUACACAGCAGGGGUCAAGGAGCACUCCCCUGGGGGGACGUCUGUGAUUACCGUGCGUGCCAUUGACAGGGACACAGGCAUCAACGAUGACAUCAGCUACAGCAUUGAAAGUUCCAAUGCAGCAGAUUUGUUUGCCAUCUCAGAGACUGAUGGAACCAUAACUGUCAAAGGAGACAUUGACCGCGAGGCUUUGCUUGACAUCAAUUACGUAGUAGUCCUUGUUGUGAAGGCCACUGAGGCAAAUCCAAACAUCCAUGGGUUCCGGGCCAACAUCUCUGCUGAAGUGUCUAUCUCCAUCAGCGACAUUAAUGACAACAAGCCCCGGUUCUACAGCUGUGACGCGGUGGGCAGCUGCAAUGAGACCAACACUUUCACCGUUGAUGUCCCGGAGCACUCCUCAGGGGCUGUACUCACUAUCACAGUCAAAGACCCGGAUCAGGGGACGAAUGGCAGGUUCGAGCUAAAGCUGGAUGGAGCUGACAAGGAGCCUUUUGCCGUGACUCCUGCAAACGGAAUCUCAGAGGGUCAGAUUCAAAUUGUGAUCCGGAACCCCGUGGAGGUGGACUAUGAGACGACGACCUCCAUGGUUCUCCAGGUGAUUGCCACAGACCCCGAAAACACCGCUGACUGCUGCUCCACGGCAACCGUCACCAUACGGAUCCAAGACAUCAACGACAACAACCCCUCAUUUAUGCAGGACACCUACAACCUGAAGCUGGAUGAGCACAGCCCCAAUGGAACCACCGUGGCCACCAUAACAGCAGAGGAUCCAGACACUAUGGAUGUUGACAAUAUUCUCUACAGACUUCUUCCAGAUAGCAUAUUGAAACGUUUUAACGUGGAACCAAAAACAGGGAGAAUAUUUGUGGUAAACAGUGAUCUGAUUGACCGUGAGGUAAACUCACUGUACUCUGCAACGUUGCAAGCAAGAGACCAGGCCAACAACACAGGGACCACAGUUCUGGAGAUUACACUUACAGACAUCAAUGACCAGCCACCGAUCAUCAUCAGAGAUUUCUACAACGAAUUUGUGAAAGAGGGACCAGGCAAAGAUGGGGAGCUGGAGAUUUCCAUAUUCGCUACUGAUGCAGAUGAUGCAGACUUGCCCAACAGCCAUAUCCGGUAUGCCAUUGUAAAAAGUGAGUACAGUGGUAACUUCACCAUCGAUCCCAUCACCGGCGUACUGACUAACAACGCAUUGCUGGAUCGGGAAUCUAUUGAUCCAGACCUGAAUGGGAAGAUUGAGCUGAAUGUGACAGCUACUGACCUGGGUGUGCCAGCACUGUCAACCUGGGUCAGAGUUCUCAUCAAUGUGGAGGACAUAAAUGACAACUCUCCGAUGUUUAAUGAAACUUCAUAUACAUUCACAGUCGAUGAAGGCAUGACAGGUGUGUUUGUUGGCUCUGUCCUGGCUGAGGAUCACGACCAAACCAAGGAAAACAACCGGAUCUCCUUCAGCAUCCUCGACGGCAGCUUUGGCAGCUUCAUCAUCAAGACAGAAGCGAUCGCAGACGGAGUCUACAAAGGUGGCAUUUUCGUUGAUCCGGACGUCCAGCUGGACUACGAGAGCAUCCACAAGUCCUACUCGUUGCGGGUGAGGGCGGAAGACCUGGGCCUGAGUACAGCCACUGUGAUGGUGGAGGUGAUCGUGGAUGACGUCAACGACGAGAGGCCCGUGUUCAAACCCUCCGUGCCCCUCAGCGUCAAAGAGAACACCACCUACACCGAGGCUUUGGGGAGGUUCAAUGCGACGGACCCGGACACCAACCACUCUCUGGUGUACCAGCUGGUGUCCACCCAGUGUCGAUGCCUGGGCCUUCUGGGCCCCUGCAAGGAGGACUGGUUCACCCUGGAGCCCUCGGGGGAGAUCAUGCUCAACGAGGACUUUGUGAUUGACUACGAGAGCUGUCAGGAGGUGUUGAUAGAAGCUCAGGUGGUGGAUGUUUACACAGAGCAAGGAGACAACAGCAGCAUCACUAAUGGACACAUGGUGGUCAAUAUUUUAGACAUCAAUGACAAUGCCCCAGAGUUCAUAGAAUCAGACAGUGUUUUAGUUAUAGUGUCAGAGAGCGCUAACAAAGGCACCACGGUCGCAGACGUUAGUGCACGUGAUCGGGAUUCUGGAAUUAAUAAACAAAUGACCUUCGAGGUAACAGAUGUGAAAUUCCUGGACUUGAACAAUCACACAACCCCCAUGAGCAACGUUUUUGGAGCCCGCACCACACAGGAAGGGGACAUAUUUGUUGGAAUUAUUCAAUCUCUCCAGGCGCUUGAUAUUGAGCUUAAGGGGAAGUACUUGGUAACUGUGUCAGCUACUGACAGUGGGAAACUGUCCACUGACACUGUUUUAGAGAUUUUCACAAUUGAUAUAUCUUUCAAGAUCGAACUUCGAUUCAGUACUACGUUGGCUUAUGUCAAUGAAAACCUCAACCCGAUUAAGAUCGCUCUCACAGCUGCCACAAAAGCAGCUGUUCAGGUGUUCACCAUUAGGGAAGAGGUAACCUCUUCAAGGGCUGCAGGGGACACUAUCAUGGAGGUGUAUUUUGUGUAUCCCAAUGGGACCGCCCUUACCUCUACAACUGUGGAAAACAUGCUGUCUGUCCCUGAGCACGCAGCCAUCCUCAGUCAGUUUGGCCUCAAACACAUAGGGACAGGAGUCCAGGACCCCAAGAAGAUCGACCCGUUUCUCUUUGGCCUACUGGGCCUGGUGGCGGGCCUUCUCAUUGUCCUGGUUGUCUUGACAACCUCCCUGGUGUGCAUGCGAAGGAGCUACCAGACCAAGCUGAAGGCAGCGAAGGCCAUGAAAUCUGCUGCUGCCAUGUCUGCCAAUGAGAACCAGAAGACUGGGGCUGUGGUCCCUGGAACCAACAAGUACACCAUGGAGGGAGCCAACCCCGUGCUCAACCUCAACAUAGAUACUGCCACCGACCUGGGCUUCGACGAGGAGGGGUCCAGUGCUGACAGAGUCAGUCUCAAUUCGUUGGACAUUGACAUGAGCUAUUCUGAGAAGGACCCGAUGCCUAUGACGAUUAUAAAGGAGGAGGAUGAGGACAGCUAUGUGCCGGACUAUAUUGAACCUCUGGGGGCAGCGUUGGCCGAGCGAGGGAAGAGGAGAGACGCCGACAGUCCUCUCCUCACCUUCACCAACCCAGCCUUCAGCACCACCGACCUGUAACACCGUUACACAGUCAACAGACUGUGAACACUGGCGGGGAUUAGCCCCUCCAAAAUGAACUCUCUCAAAAAGACGGCUUUGCCCCACUAUUACAUCUUAGUCUGUCUUUUUUAUGAAUUCACUUCAGGUUCUAUGAAAAUGCUUUUGUCAUUUAUUUAGCAUUUGCUCUGAUUAUUUUACAGCAAUCUUGCAUAACUAACUUAUUGUACAACAUUAUUAGAUUCAUUGAUUUGCCAAGCUGUCUUUUUGAAGUCAUAAUUUCUCUUAACAAUAACAGUCAAACUGUUAAAGCAGUAAGAAGCAAUUGAAAGGCUUAAAGUAUAUUGCGGAAAGCAAACAAAAUGAAAAGUUAGGCUGCACAUGUGAGUUUCUUUAUUGAUUUAAAAAUUUCUGAAACCAUUUUUGAAUACAUUUUGAUUUCCAGUGUCUUUUUUUAUAAUUGUCUUUUUGUUUUUGCAUUGAAAAAAUAAU